AUGGCCAAGAUUACUUUUGGGAGCCUCGAUCCCAGGAGCUCAUCUCCAGCGCGAGGUUCUCCCUUUGUGCACGAAGAAGCCCAGGAAGAGCAACCUGUGUCGAAAUUCAAAGAGCGCCAUGGCCCAGGCUUCAAGCUGACCACCGAGCGGUCAGCGCGCAACGUUUUCGUCCACAGCUCCACCCAAACGAGACCAGUAGCGACACUUCAUAUAUCAAUGACUGCGUUUAUGCUGCCUUGA